UUUUGCCUGAUUUUAGGUGAAAGGAUUUUAAAGUUAGAACUGGCAAUACCUUAACCCCUUCUUUCAUUUCCUAAGGAAAAUAACAAACGGAAUGGCUGACGCAGCGCCAUCGACAGCGCCCAAGGCAAAAGCGCCUAAAACUAAGGCGCCCAAAGAAAAGGCACCCAAGGCUGCCCCCGCGGCGCCUGCGGAGCCCCCGAAGGCGGUGCGCAAAGUGUCGUCCAAGCCCCGCCACGGCAGACUGUACGCCAAGGCAGUGUUCACAGGAUACAAGCGUGGUCUGCGCAACCAGCACGAAAACACAGCUCUCCUGAAGAUUGAAGGAGCAAGGAGCCGUGAUGACGCAGACUUCUACGCUGGCAAGCGUUGCGUGUACGUAUACCGUGCCAAGAAGAGGACACCCAUCGCUGGUGGUCCCCGUGGCAAGAAGACCAAGCUGCGCGCCAUCUGGGGCAAGGUGACCCGCCCCCACGGUAACUCCGGUGGUGUGCGCGCUCGCUUCCGCUCCAACCUGCCCGCUCAGGCCAUGGGACACAGGAUACGCGUGAUGUUGUAUCCCUCCAGGAUCUAAGCACCUUCCUGUUAAGUAAUAUAAGCGUAAAAUAAAAACCCAAAAAAAUUC